GGCACGCUGCGGUGGUCUCUCUGUCUCCCUCUCUCUCUCUCUGCUCCGAGAGCAUCAGCAGCCUCCUGGUUCAGCACCACAGGACUCGCUGAGGCCCUCGCCCAAGGCCUGUAUCAGUCGCCACAGACGCACCCUGCUGACACGGCCCUCUGUUUCAAAAGUCCCAGGGUCUGGCACUAAAAAGGGAAAAAUGCCGAAUAAAACUGGAGCAGCGACGGGCGGCAUAGAUCUGGCGUGCGCAUUAACCGGAAACCACAAGUUCUUCUUCGUCCUGAUACCCAUCGUCUAUGGCUGUAUCUUUGUCAUUGGCAUUGUUGGGAACAGCAUGGUGGUGGCUGUCAUCUACUGUUACAUGAAGCUCAAGACCGUGGCCCACAUAUUUGUCCUUAACCUUGCGGUUUCUGACCUCACCUUCCUCAUCACUUUGCCCAUGUGGGCCACCUUCGCCGCCAGGGGCUAUCACUGGCCCUUUGGAGGAUUCCUGUGCAAGGCCACUGCCGGGCUGGCGAUUUUUAACCUGUACACCAGCAUCUUCUUCCUCACGGCGCUCAGCAUCGACCGGUACCUCGCCAUCGUGCACCCGGUGCGAUCCCGCAGGUUCCGCACUGUGGUGUACGCACGGAUCACCUGUGUGGUGGUCUGGCUCUUUGCCUUUGUGCUCAGCGUGCCCACAGCUCUCACCAGGGACGUCUACAACAUCACGGACCCUAACACGACGGUGUGUGGCACUCUGCACAAAAACAAUGGAACCCUACCGCUGAAGGAGCUCCUGCUCACCAUCAGCCUCAUGAAAAGCUUGCUGGGCUUCCUGGUGCCCUUCAUCAUCCUCAUCACCUGCUACUGCCUGAUUGGUCGAGCGCUGGUUGGGGCGAGACACAUCCAGAAGAGCUCCCGGUCCCGGGACGACGAGGUCCUGCGCAUGCUCGCCGCGGCUGUCCUGGCCUUCUUCCUGUGCUGGGCGCCCCAUCAGGUUUUCCACUUCAUGCAGGUGCUCACCCAGCUGAUGCUUGGGAAAAACUGUGUCCUCUUGGAAAUCAUUGACACGGCCAUGCCCUUCACUAUCUGCAUCGCCUACUUCAACAGCUGCGUCAACCCAAUCGUGUACGGCUUUGUGGGGCAAAACUUUCGCAAGAACUUACUGCGGCUGCUGCACUGCUCGCCACGGGGGCCGCACGGGCCUCACCCGAGCAUCAGCUCCAAGAUGAGCGCCCUGUCCUUCCGGGCCUCAGAGGCGCUGAGUCUUACAGCCAAAAGCAAGGCCUCCACUGACGUUAAGUGAUACAAAAAACAAUGGAAAAACAAAAGAAAGUGGGUUCAACUUCACUCUCCCUGCUCUUUUGGUCUUUUGUUGAGAGUCAAGGGAUGGAGACAUUCCAUGUUUUUAAAGCCCCCAACUGUAUUAACAAGCACUGAACUACGGAGAACGGCUGUAAAGUUGUAAUCAUGCCCCCUCUGAGUACAACCCCACCGACACUUGUCACAUCCAUGCAGGCGAACGUUUCUGUCAGUGUCACAGAGAAAAGAAAAAGAAAACUGUAGAAAACCAUACAGAUAAUUCCCCUGCUAGAAAAAAUCUAUACAUGAUUAGAGAUUGCUUUUGCCAUUAUUUAUGUAUAAGAUAUGUAUGUACUGCAGGAUUCCGUCACCAUUAUACCUUGAGGAUACAGUGAAGUAGCAUAUUGUGCAGUGAUAACCAUUCUGUGUGCUCCUCAGGGCCUCAAACCAUCUGACACGUUAUCUUGCGCUCACCACUCGUGCAUGUUCUGCCAGCAGUUGUGUACAUGGAACAAUUUGAACUGUGUCGCAAAGAACAUGAUGUAAAAUCCUCCCGGCUGUUAACAUAUUCGACAACUUGUGCCUAUGUGUUAUAUAGUACUGUUAGAUCAUGUGAUCUGUGUGACGCUGUAUGAUAAGUGUUUAUAACUGCCUGUAAUGCUGUUUCCAUGUAACACACAUUGUAUGAAUAAGAGUGGUACACACACACACACACACAAACACACACGCACACACACACUCCAUGUUGGGUGAUCAAUGUCAAUAUCUAUGGUGAUUGUAUUUGUCAUAUUUAAACAUGUUGAUAGAUUUUUUUUUCUACUCUGUAAGUGUACAGUUUGUGAAUAUACG